AUGGACACGCCACGGGAAGCCCUGCGGAGCAAGCUCGCUUCCUUUGCGGUCCUCGGCCGCAUGAAACGCUGCGCCGCUGAGGAAGACGACAAUGAUGUCGCCGAUGCUGAUGGUGAUGGUGACGCGCGUACUCGCGAGUAUGCACGGGAGCAGCGAGAUCGUGACCAGCGCCUGCGCUUCUUCCGGCCGCCGUGGCAGCUUGCAUCCGAGUCGACUAGUACGGGGCGCGGCCGCGAUGCGACGGCCGCGAAAGGGGCACGCCAAGCGGUGAUGGCGGUGACGACGAUGGAGACGCCUAGGAGGGUGUCGUCUGGGUCACACGGCGUCAUCAUCGCGGCGACGCAGCAGCAUCAGAGCACCGUGGGCGCGCGCGAGGAGGGCCGUGUCGGUGCAUUGCUCGCCGGGGGGGCUGGCUGUGCCACGGACGGGGAGACUGUUAUACCAGACUCGGCAGCGCGCCCGCCCACGGGGAAGCUGCCGACUACGAUGACAACGGCCGACGCACAGGCAGCGGCGUCAUCGCCCUCACUGCAGGUGGGCGGUGCCGCCGCCGCCGCGAGGAAGCGCAAGCGCGGGGGGAGUGCCGCAGACCCCAAGCUCCGUCCGGAGCGCGAGCAGGUGCUCAGGGGCCUCGCGCUCUACUACAUACCCAACGACGACGUGGCGCCGGCGCGCCGGCUGCGCAUCGGCAAGGCGCGCGAGUACGGGGCGGCGUGGACGCACAGCGUGGCGGGCGCGACGCACGUCGUGGUGGACAAGGCGCUCGAGUACAGGGACGUGGAAAAGGUGCUCAACGCGGCGGCGGCGGCGGAGGGCCUCGGGAGUAGCGGCGGGACGCGGCGGCCGAAAGUGGUCAACGAGGACUAUCCCAUCGACUGCAUCCAGUUUCGCGCGCUGCUCGACAGCGGGCAGAGCAAGUAUCGUGUCGCGGGACAGCCCACCGAGCCGCGCGCAGAGGGCGAGGAGGACGAGAACGGGGACAAGGGGCCCGUCCCGGGGAAGAACGUGCCGCCCAGCUCGGACGAGUCGACGAGGUCGCUGCAGGUCAAGGCGAAGAGGCAGGAUGACCCCGGCAAAUGGGAUUACGUGCCGCCGCCGGGCACGCCAACGAGAAGCGAAGAGCCGUCUCACAAGGACGAGGCCGGGACGACGACGACGCCAGACGACUCUCACCCUGUCGUGUUGGACCUAGGUCGACCGGCGAGAGAGACGACCGAGGAGGCCUCGGUCGCUGCGCCUCACGACGGCAUCACGGGAGCUACGAAGGAAAACGACGAACUGUCCGGCUACGUGGCGAUGAUGCAAGAGUUCAAAGACCUCCCGCUAGAUCACGACGACGACGAGGAUAACGACAACGACGAGACGCGAUCUACCGCUGGUAACAUGACCGCGACAUCAGACAGCGACGAGCGGGAAGCAUCCGAAGAAGCCGCAGACAGCCGCGCGCGGGGCGGCAAGAAGGCGCGGCUGCGGGACAAGCUCAAGGACACCAAGUUCGAGGACCGGUUCGCGUGCAACACGGCCGGCGAGCUCAAGGCGAGCGCGGACAACCCCAACGCGCGGACCAUCGAGGUGCUGCAGAGCAUGGCGGACUACUACGAGCGGAUCAACGACCACUGGAGGCUGACGGGGUAUCGCAAGGCCAUCGGGACGCUGAAGCGGCAGGAGGUCAAGGUGCGGACCGAGGAGGAGGCGUACCGUCUGCCGCACAUUGGGCGACGGCUCGCGCAGAAGAUUGAGGAGAUUGCGACGACGGACCGGCUGCGGCGGCUCGAGUACGCGGAGAGGGGCGACGACUACGACGACGACGCGGUGCUGCAGCUGUUCCUGGGGGUGUACGGCGUGGGGACCGGGCAGGCGCGGCGGUGGAUGGCCCGGGGUCACCGCACGCUCGAGGACCUGUGGGCGCAGCGGGCGACGCUGCUGACGGCGAGCCAGCGCAUCGGCGUGGAGCACCACGCGGAGCUCAACGCGCGGAUGCCGCGCCGCGAGGUGGAGGCGCUGGCGGGCGUGGUGCGGCGCGCGGCGGCCGUCGUGGACCGGGAGGCGGACAUCGUCGUCGGGGGCAGCUACCGCCGCGGGGCCGAGACGUGCCGCGACGUCGACAUCAUCGUGACGCGGCCGGGGACGACGAGCUGCGCCGAGCUGCGGCCGCUACUGGACGCGCUGGUGCGGCGGCUCGAGGGGGAGGGGUUCCUGAUGGCGCGGCUGGCAUCGUCGUCGUCGUCUAACAAGGACGGCGGGAGCAAGUGGCACGGGUGCUGCGCGCUGCCCUUGCCCCUGCCCACAGCGCAAGGCGCGAGCACGGACAAGACGACGACGACGACGACGACGACGACGACGGGCCCGUGGAGGCGCAUCGACUUCCUCCUGGUGCCCGAGUCGGAAAUGGGCGGCGCGCUCCUCUACUUUACGGGCGACGACGUGUUCAACCGGAGCAUGCGGCUGCUGGCGUCCAACAAGGGCAUGCGGCUGAACCAGCGGGGUCUGUUCCGGGAUCCACACGGGGCCGGCGGGUGGACGGCGGGAGGGGGGACGGGGAGGACGAAGAAGCCGCCGGUGGGGGACGGGCAGCUGGUGGAGGGGCGGGACGAGAGGCGCAUCUUUGAGAUUCUGGGGGUGCGGUGGAGGGAGCCGCAUGAGCGGUGGUGUAGAUAG